AAAAUCCGACACCACCACCAUGGCUACAACAGUUUCAAGACCCGCCAAAAUCGUCCUUGAAGAUCCCUCAGAGUUCCGUCCGGAGAACCAAGACGCUUCCGCCUUCCGGGACUUCCGGGUCCACAACGUUCCGGACAGAGUGAGGAAGACAUAUGACCUGAUGCACACCAACCAGACGGUGGACUUUGUCAAGCUGACUGGACUUAUCCACGACAUCGGCAAGAUCAUGCACAUCUGGGGAGAGCCUCAGUGGGCUACAGUGGGCGACACGUUCGUGGUGGGCUGUGCCCCGGACCCCAGCAUCGUCUUUGGCGUGGAGUCCUUCGCCAACAAUCCUGACCUCAAGGACCCUCGCUACAACACGACUCUAGGCAUGUACGAGGCGAACACCGGCCUGGAUAAUGUGCUCAUGUCUUGGGGGCAUGAUGAGUACCUAUACAGAGUGCUUCUAGGCAACAAACACUCUCUGCCGGAGGAAGCCCUCUACAUGAUCCGCUUCCACUCGUUCUACCCCUGGCACUCCUGCGGGGCAUACACCCAGCUGACCAACGACAAGGACAAUAGCAUGUUGCGAUGGAUACGGGAGUUCAACAAGUUUGACCUAUACACGAAGGCACCCGACAUGCCGGACAUUGAAGAGCUCAAGCCCUAUUAUCAGGGACUCAUCGACAAGUACCUCCCCGGAAAAAUCAAAUGGUGAUCUGACUCUGGCAAGAGGUGAAAGGAAACAUAAUUUGCCCUCAACCUGCAGUUUUGACAGAAGAAGCAGAUGAUUCACCCAGCUGCUUCUAGUACAUUCCUUCUCAAUGUUAUCUCUCCCUUUCUGUAUUAGAUCAUUUUAUUUGUGUUUAACAUUUUUUGUAAAACAAUAAUUACAAUGAUAUACCUGAUUACAUUUUAUACUGGAUCAAACAAGUGAAAUACCGUUUGAUAUUUCCUACGCACAACUGACCCGGUUAAAGUUUGUCAAAGCCAAAGGAGCUAUAUUUUACGUUGUGGCAUGGUGUGUCUUUUAUACUGCAACAAAACGAUAGAACCGAAGAACAUGUACGACAAGGUUCCUAUUUUCCUGUAGUAUAAUUGCUGCUUAGCAUAAUACAUGUACUUUGUUUUUACGCCUCGAAAAUAUUUAUUCAGAUGAAUUUUAUAUACAAUAAUUAAUCCGACUCUCUUUCCAAGAAGCUUUUCAUUUUCUCUGGGACGUGAAGGAUGUUUCUUUUCUUACUAACUGUAUACUUUAUUAUAAGAAAGAGUGCGGCCAAGACUACGAUUUUACUCUAUAUGCCCCUAUGUGAUGCUACCGUUAUUCCUGUCUUUAUGAUCCAUUACAAUAAAAUGUCAUUACUACUACACUG